UUUGUUCAGUUGCAGAGUGAGUUCUCGUUAAAGUGGCAUUGUCAUACACACAGUUGAUAAAUCUGACGCUCUAAAAUUAAGUUCUAUUAAAUAUAUAUUCAAAUACAUUAAAUAAUAAUAUUUUUAUAUUCAUCGAAGCUUGUAUUAUUAGUAAAACGUGCAUUUGUCAGCGUUGAUGAUUGGGAUUCCGCGUGACGACCGGCACAAAAUAACGGUUAAGAUUCACAAUACAAUGAAACGAAGCUCGAGCAGAGACACUCCUCCGCGCGUCAAGAGAAGUAGAUCCUCGAUGGGAAGGUACGAUGAAUCAAGCGACGAGCGUAUCACACCCGAAAGAAUACGCCGACGAAGCAGAGGAGCUCGUAGUCCAAGUCCUCCACCACGGGCGUCAUCACACGCACGUUUUGUAGAGUCUAGUUCACACCGAGAUGAGUAUCUACGAGCACCACCUCCACGUGAAUUGCCACCAGAGCGUCCAUACAGCAGCUACAAAGCCUUGUGCGUCAGUGCUAUUCACCCAAAAGCUAGCGAUGAAAUUAUUAAAGACACCCUAUACCGUGAGUUUAAAAAGUUCGGUGAGUUUUCCAUUAGAAUAGCCCAUGAGUUAGACGAGCGAGUGGCAUUUAUCGUCUUCAGAAGCUCUGAGGAUGCACGAGAUGCUAAACAUGCCAAACCACGAAUAAUGAUUUACGACAAAAUGGCCAUUGUUGAACCAGUUUACGAAAGACCGGAAACUUAUCGCCGUCCACGUUCAAUUACACCGCCAGAGUAUGAUCGUUAUUAUGCACGCUCUCCAGGACCCGAGAGACACCGGCCAAUAGAACGUUAUGAAAGAGUAUACGUUCCGCCGGUUGGCAUACCGCCACACCGUGAAAUGCGACGGGAAGCAAUACCACCACCGCAUCAUGAGUUCGUACGACCACCAUUGCACCAUGGGCCACCUCAUGUCCAUCAUCCAGGACCACCACACCACUACGGACCACCUAGACACAUGAUGAUCCGUCAUCCUGUCCACGGCUUUGAGCGCGUUGAAAAUAAAAAAGAUAAAUUUCCGAAUUAUCUCCAUCACGUUUCACCAGAAGAUGAUCCAUUGGCUACGCGGACUUUAUUUGCUGGCAAUCUUGAGAUAAAUAUCACUGAAGAAGAAUUACGGCGUAUAUUUAGCAAGUACGGAAUCGUCGAUGAUAUUGAUAUAAAACGACCACCACCUGGGACUGGAAAUGCCUACGCAUUCGUUCGUUUUCAGACUCUGGACAUGGCGCAUCGCUGUAAGGUUGAAUUGUCUGGUCAGUACAUUGGUAAGUUUCAAUGUAAAAUAGGCUAUGGUAAAGCCACACCGACGACUCGUAUUUGGGUUGGUGGUUUAGGACCUUGGACUUCGGUUCCACAGUUGGAGCGUGAAUUUGACAGAUUCGGCGCGAUAAAAAAAAUUGAUUACAUAAAAGGUGACAGCAAUGGUUACAUCCUAUAUGAUUCGAUAGAUGCAGCUCAAGCGGCGGUGAAAGAAAUGCGUGGAUUCCCAUUAGGUGGACCUGACAGAAGACUUCGAGUUGAUUUUGCUGAUGUGACUCCAGGUUUUGGAUUCAAACCGCGACCUUAUGCAGAAGAGGGUGGAGAAUUUAGACCACGAGUACCUGUAGACUAUGAACCACCUUACGAAAGUUAUGGUCCUGAAGGAGAAUUCACUUCUUACCCUCCACGAGGAUUCCGUGGUCGAGGAGGCGCACACUGGCACGAUCGUCGAGGAGGCGCGAGUCGCGGAGGUGGCGCUUACCGUGGAACUUAUCCUGAAGGUUAUAUACGUGACGAAACCGAUUGGCCAACUAGGAGACCACCACCUGAAUUGGAGUAUGAACCACCUCGUGGUAUCAGACGAUCAAUUUCCAGAGAACCAGGUGUAGAUCGAUCGCGCUCAAGAUCACCACGCAGAAGACCUAUGGACUCAGACUCAGACUCAGAGAAUGCACGCACUGGAAUGCUGUCUACCUCACGCACGCUUGUUGAAGUUGCUCGAAAAUCAAUAGCUGUUUGGCAAGGCGCUCUCAUUUUGAAGAACUCGCUAUUUCCAGCAAAAUUCCAUCUCACGGAUGGUGAUACUGAGAUAAUUGAUGCUCUGAUGAAAGAUGAAGAAGGCAAACACAUGUUAAGAAUCACCCAAAGAUUGCGCCUUGAUCAGCCGAAGCUUGACGAUGUGUCAAAACGCAUCCAAACCUCUAGUUCUCAUGCCAUUUUCUUAGGCCUUGCUGGAUCAAGCACUGCGGUCACUAACGACGAUGCCAAUGUACAGACACGGCCGCUCCGAAAUUUAGUGUCUUAUCUAAAACAAAAGGAAGCCGCGGGUGUUAUUUCUCUACUAAACAAGGACACUGAGGGUACUGGAGUACUCUACGCUUUUCCACCUUGUGCUUUUUCCACGGAACUGCUAAAACGGACGUGUCCUAGUCUCAGUGAAGAGGGACUCAAGGAAGAUCAUUUGGUAAUUGUUGUUGUCAAAGGUGGCAGUGCCUAGACAAUAAUUUAUUAAUACUUUUUUUUUUUUUUUUAAUACUGAUAACAUUUUUUCCUUUUUUUUUCUCAUUUUUUUAGUAUUAAUUCUUAUCAGAAUAUUCAAACAAUGGAAUUAGAUUUUUGAUUAAUAAUAUCAAUCAUUAUUAUUAUGCAUUCAUAUAUAUACAUAUAUAAAUAAUUUUUUUCUUUUACAUAUUGUGUAGUAUUCGAGUCAGGAGUUUUUUUUAAUCUAAUUUCUUGCUAAAAUUGAAUUAUAUCUUUUUACUCUUCUUGAGUAAAGAAAUAUAAUUUUAUGACAAAUAAGAAUUUUUUUUGUAUUAUAUAUAUUGCUAAUAAUGGAUUUAAAUGAAGUAACUGCCUUGAAUUUUUAAGAUUUUUCUUUAUUUUUACAGUAAAAAAUAAUGAUGAUCAAAAUUUAUGACAGACAGUUAAUAAUUUUUUUUUUAACUAACAUACAAAUUAGCAUCAUGACUUGAUGAAUGAUUUUUUCUUCCACUACGUAUUCAUUAAUAAUUUUACAACAAAUAAAAGUUGAAAAAUUAUUAAAGUAAAAACUAACGAGCUAUGGAAUAAUUAUCGUGUCGUAAGUGUUAAAUAACUAAGUGAUUGUUAGAUAUCAGCAGAUAAUAUUAACACUUUUGAUUCGACAUAAAUCAUACACUUACAAUUACAUACAUAUGAAUUUAAAUACUAUAACUAUAACUAUAAUUAUUAUUACACUUAUAAAAAAAAUUUAUACAUGUAUAUUAUCAAUUAACUCGCUAAGGAAUUAAUUAAACUUUUAAUUGUUAAAAUCCAAAAAAAAAAACAAAGAAAAAAAAUAUCUGCAGAGUUGGUACUCAUCGAUUUCGAAAAAAUGGACGUCCAUGAACCAAUAAGUCAUUCGAGUAAUAAUUGAACGAAUUAUUGUUAAAGAUAUACCAGAGCGAUGAGCGAGAGUGAGAGAGGUAAUGAAUUAAUAAACUAAUUCAUUAAUAUAAUGAACAAAAAUUCAUCGUUAAUAUCAAUAGUUAAUCAAUCAUUUGUAAUCGUUUAGAUGAAAAAUUGUUUCACUGUGUAAGUGGUUGUGCUGAAAUGAAAAAGAAAAUUUGAAUAAUUGUUAAAAAACUAGAAGAAAAUCGUGAUUUCAUUGAAUUAGUACCAUUGUGGCCGUAGUGCUGGUGUUUAACUGUUAGUUUAAAAAAAGGAAAAAAAAUUGUAGUUUCUGUAGAGUCUGGUAAAUAUUGUGACGAUCAAGGGAUUCGAUGUAUUUUCAGUGACAGUUUGUUGUUUCUUUUGCAUCUGCUGGAUAUUUUGUACGUUUUAAUAAUUUAAAUAUCAUUGUUUUAAUAUUAAUACGUAAUAAGGUAAUGAUAAAACAAAGUAAUAACAAAAACGAUAGAUAAUUAUGCAAAAAUAUCAAUCUAUUAAUAAUAAUAAUAAUAAUAACAGUAGUUAACUAUAACAAUGAAUAUAUGGUUCUAAAAAUUUAUAUUGUGAAGUAUUUUGUUUUGGUGGCUAAAGUGCAGCUUGAUGAUAAGGAUAUGCGAUUUGUUUUGUGUAAAUUUUUUUUUCUAUUCGAUUACUAUUGACGAAAAUGAACAAGAUAAUUUGCGUUUAGUAUUUACAAACAGAUAAAUUUGAUUAAUGAUGAUUAAGUAAACAUAACAAAAAUGAAAGAAAUAAUUGUGAACAGUGAUGUAAAAAAAUAUUUAAAUAACAAAAGUGAUUGUUAGUGUGUACUCGUCGAUCUCUCCUAUUAUUUAGCGAUCAUAUUAUGUUUGUUUUUUUUUUUUUUUUUUUUUUUUUUUUUUUUUUUAAGUAUUGAUUAGGUUUUUUUAAUGUAUUUAUUGACUCUGAGGCUUAUGGAUCGAUUUACGCGAUUAUAAAAGUAAUAAAUAAAUAUAUAUGACACAUAGUAAAAAAA